AUGGAUACGCUUAUCUCUCAUAAUCAACCUACUUUUCUCAAAGUUAGAAUCCAUGUUGAUGGGGUAGUUGAUGUAAAUGAGUUUGUUGAUCUUAUCAAACAUAGGAAAAAAUCUUGCCUCCUGUUUAAAGAUGACUUUGAAAAAGCAUAUGAUUCUAAGAGAUGGUCCUUUCUUGACUAUAUGCUUUCUAGAUUUGUCUUUAAUGUCAAGUGGAGGAGUUGGAUUAGAGUUUGUGUAUUUUUCAACAAUGUGGUUGUCUUGGUUAAUUGUUGCCCAACUCCUGAGAUUAGUAUUCAUAGCGUUCUAAAGAAAGGUGACCUGCUAGCUCCCUUCCUCUUUCUCCUUGUAGUUGAAGGCCUGAGUGGUUUGAUUUCUAGGGAAGUUGAUCUGAAUCUUUUUUCUGGUGUCAGAGUCGGGUCUUUUGACUUGGUUGUCUCUCACCUUCAGUAUGUUGAUGACACGGCCAUCCUGGCCGACGAUUCUAUUGAUAAUCUCUGGAUCAUCAAGGCUAUUCUUUGUGGGUUUGAGCUUGCUUCAGGUUUUCGUGUGAAUUUUGCCAAGAGUUCUCUUAUUGGGGUGAAAUCUGACCAGGAUUUCUUAGAUCUUGUUUGUGAGUUCCUCCAUCUUAAGCAGGAGUCGCUCCCUUUCCAGUACCCUGGGCUCCCAGUUGGAGCUAACCCCCAUUAUGAGGCUACCUAG